AUGUGUUUUAUUCUCAUUUAUCCAGAAGAAUCUUUUAAGGGUAAUACUGCUGAGAGGAGCUUGCACAGUUACAAGUGGACUGAAAAAUCAGAAUCCUCAGAAACUGUCAGUGAUGCUGAAGGCAUAAUGUCAGAACGACAGAAGAGAUGGGAAACAAUCCAGCUACUGCUUCGUCGAGGUGCAGAUCGCAGCGCAUCCUGGGCCCCACCACACCUCCUGUUCUUUGCUGUUAAAGGUGCGGAUGCAGAAGCAGUGGAACUCCUCUUAAAAAGGGGAGCCAGGUCUGAUGUGCGGCUUCCAUCGAAGUUAGGGGGGUUAACUCCUCUCCACAUGGCUGCCUCGAUUCCUGGGGAGGAAGGGGUCCAGGUAACCCAGUACCUCCUGCAUUCUGCCCCAGAUCUUAAUGCAAGGGCAGAAGAUGGAAAUGAGAUAAAUGGUCCAGACAAGGUAUGUUGCUUUUUGAGCUCAUCUUUCAGCUCUUGAAAUUCAGAUUGCAGAGGACCUGAGCAGGCAGUUGAGAUUACUGCCUGCCUGUUCUUAUAGUGAAAGCUUUGCAUUUCACUGAAAGAACCUUAAAAAAAAAGAAAACCAACCCCCCCCAAAACC